UGGAAAUCUCAUCACUAGAAUCCGCCCACAAAAGUACCAUUGUGGACGAUUUCAUUACCAGACGUACUGACGUUGUUCGGGUACCAGCCCUGUCGACAAUGUCUGUGUCAGUGGAGGAAACCCGUCGCUCCUGUUACCACAAUGAAAGAUUUAUAUCAGACCGGUGCAUACGAGGGAAGCAGACCAGGGGAGGAGAUCACAACAGAACAUCGAUUGAUUGAGGAAUCUCAGUCUGUUCCAGAUGCAGUGACAAAGGUCGCGGAAUAUACCGACGAAGCAGUUUUUGUAAGUCAUGCAGGCGAGGCCACGGAAAAGCAAACUGAAUAUGUGAGUUACGUCCCAAGUCAACCGAUGGAAGAGCACAGUGAAGCACCUACAGCUGCUGCUUCGGGUUCUGAAAUGACAUCUGUGGAACUGGAUGGCAAAGUGGAUUUAACAAGUGGGCUAUCACUGAAUGAAUCUGUAGGUGUAACUGGAACGGUGCCAUCCACAGCUACUUCAGUUCCAAGUGCUCAAACAAAGGAGGCUGAAGAAAUAAUCCGCUUCUCUGAAUUUGGUCCAAAGGUAUCAUUUGAGACCCCAUCGCCAGCAACUGUUGGGAGAAGAAAUGUCACGCACAAAAUAACUGCGGCCAUUGAGACUUCGGAAGCAAAACGCGAAGAUCAUAUUACCACAAUAAUAACGCCACCACAGGAAGUGUCAUCGACUGGUUUUAUGGCCCUGAACAAAACUCACACAGCGGGACCAGUGCUAAUUAGUUACGAGGGACAAAAAGCUACACCCAAAGCUACGGUCCAGUAUACAUUUUCACCAGUGGAAAGCUCAACAGAUGUAAGCCAUCAGGAAACACCAGGGGUUGGUACAAUUAAAAAAACUCAGCUUGAGCAAACAAGUGAGGAAGUCAGUGUAAUCAGCCAACACACUGAAUUGGAUUCAACAGCCCCAUCAACAAUACACACUCAUAAAAGUGUUGAGAGUGAGCCAGGGAAAGCAAUGGCCCCUCACCCCGGCUUUGCAGAGGAGACUUCAACUCCUGAGUUCGAAAUACAAAGGACUGUCAAAUUGCAGACUGAGUCAGUUGCCGUCUCCCCAUCUAUGGAAGGAGAACAGAGACUGGGUUCGGGUGCGACAGAGAAAGCCACAGCCAAACAUGAAACAAUUGUGACAAGCUCUCAAACGUCGCAACCCAUCCACAUCAAAACGCCCAUCCCUGCAGAUGCCACCAAGGUGCAGGUCAUUGUAACGUCGACUGAAACACUGCCAACAGUACUAGCUCCUUCUGCCAAAUUAAAACCAGGUGGCUCAGUAGCAGAACAUGAAAUUAAAACCACAGCAAAACCUAGGCAGCCAGUAACAAGUGCAACUCCAAUUAUUAUUGAAAACGACCCUGAUGAGACUACAGCGGAAAAGAUUAUGAUUAUUGAUGAGUCAAUCACCCUGCCUCCUUUCAGCGUGGAGGUUGAUUUAUCUGACACAGUAUCACAACUGGAUAUUGAUCGCGAAUAUUUCACGACGCCAACACCCAGAACAAAGCUAGUGACGGCAGCCCCUAAGCCUUCGCUUACACACCCUAAGGCUACCCAAAGGGCUCUGCAAGGCCCAACAUUUUCAACUGUUUCAUCAUCAGCUACAGAUUCGCCAGUCCCAGUGGAACCUAAGGAACGGCAAAAGCCUGUGGCUAUCGAUGAAAAAUUAAUUGCUAACACAACCGCACAGAUGCAACCAUCAACAACAGAUCUAGAGCUUGUAUCAGAAGCUGGAAAAACGCCAACAGAACCACGUUUAUUGCCACUCAAUCAGUCGACUGAAGAUGUGACGCAUACACUGGGCACCAAGAUCCAUGUUGUGCACAUUCACUUUGAUGUCAGAGAGGAGGAGGGUGGAACUAUCGGCAGCGGAGAGCCUGACAUUACCAAAUUUCUCUUCCCGCAAGUUACCACAGCGGCUCCAGUGCAGGAUGCUCACCCAUCGCUCAGCUUUAUUAACGGGAAGACACAGAUAGAAUUUGAGCCGCCUUAUACUCGUGGUGAGGAAGCCAGGGGAGACCAAGUGGAAAGGGUAUCUCCUAGUAUAAGUGCUAUACCAGAUGAUGAAAGCAAGGAGGACUUCUUAACAAUUGAGGGUAGAACUGCUGAAAGUCAGGAACCAGGAAUCUCCACUGAGAGUUCAAAAACAGUUUCCAGUGUUAAAAGUCCGUCCGAAAGACCCACGGUUACAGACGAGCAGAGGAGAAUCCAAUCUAGCGUUGCUGGAGAACAUUGGGUCAUCUCGCCCAGCACGCAAGAUGCUCAAAAGACACCCAAACAGAUUUUCACCACAGAAUCAACGGAGGAAAAACCUCACCUCUUUGGGAUUGUUACAACUGCACCAGAAGACGUUACUCCACGAAAAACUGAAACUGUGACCAGGACUGAAGACAUCAUUUCACGGGGAACAAUUGAUAAAGAAACUGUUGAGGCUUCUGUUGAAGGGUUGGUGCCGGUUUCUACCACAAUUCCAGGUGCCCCCCAUAAAACAACUAGCAAACCAAGGGAACCGGAACUAUAUCCAAGAACUUCGGAAAAAGAUGUAAAACAAGAAACGGCAACACCGAUAAAAAUGGACAUAGAAACCUUGUCCACAUCUGGACCUGGUGGAGAAAUGCUUAGUCCAUCACCGGUUACAAAGUUAGUUGUCCCUCCCAGUAUUGUUGUACCAUCUGCAACUGAGCGAGGUCGAGCCACGAUCCCAGAAAGGCAGCGAGAACAAACCGAAGCCGUCACAGAGUCAUAUGACGGCAGUGAGGGCAAAACAUCAAAACCAGAAGAAAGUACAGAGGAACUAAAACAUGAAGUGGGUUCUAUUACACCAAGCAAAUUAUCAAUACGCAGAACUGAAAUUGUAACCGACAAACCUGAAUGGGACUCUUCUAAAGUAACGCAACCUGUGGAGAAGAAAAUCCAUGACGUGGAGAAAAUUAAAGAAGCCACAAGCAUAGCCACGACAUUUACAGAGUUAGGUUCAGGUGAACCACUGAGUAACGAUACAGUUGUUUUAACAUUCACAGAGGUGCCCACAGUGGUCGUUGAAAAGGAAACCUUACAGACACCUGUUUCAGUGACAACAAAAGCUGCGGGCGAGAGAAUUCCCGACGAUGCCCUCACAACGACUUUAGAUAAGCAAACUCACGCAGUUAGAUCGCAAACACCAUCAGUGAUAUCUGAGAGCAAAACCAGCCCUGAUAAAAUGGUUGUGGAAUCAACUGUGAAACAUCCAACAAUUGAGGUAUUGACAGAGAAAUCUCCAGCCAAAGAAGUAUCUCCUCAUGAUUUUGAGAGUUCUGGUGCAGGAAUGUUUACUGUCAGUCCUGAUGUUCACACACUCGAGGUGAGCAGCCAUGAGUCUCCAGUGACCAGCAGAACAUUAUUGGACGAGAUAACCCUUCACAGUGCUGUUCCAGCAGCAACUGACCAAGAUACUGGAAUAGCCACUUCUGGAUUACCCGAGGCACACACUCAGAGGGAAGGUUUGCUAGUAAAAGUCCACACAGAGGUGGAAGACAAGACUGCUGCUACAGUUGUGGUUAGUGACAAGGAAACCGGAUAUACAUUGGAUUCAGUGGCAAGAGAAAUAGAUGAUGGAGUACGCCCUGUCACUGCUUCCACAGUAAUUAAAGAAAGGCCAAAAGAAUUCACGUCAGAAGGACCAUCAGUCAUCACUGAGCUCAAAACCAGCCCAGAGAAAAAAGUCACAGCAUCAACUUUGAAACCUCCAGCAAUUGGGGCAACCAGAAUAAUGGAAAAAAUUUCAGCCAAACCAACCCCUUCUCCAGAAAUUGUAAGUUCUCGUGAAGAAGUGGUUACAUCCAAACACAUGGUUCAAUUUGGGCCUGACGAUUCCACAUUGGAAAUGAGUCCAACACUUUUACCAGUGACCAAGAAAACAUUAGUUGAUGGGGAAGCUGUCCACAGUACAGCUGCAGUUAUACGUGAGAGUGAGGAGGAAUCUUCUGGUUCUGGUUUGCCGGAGGUACACACAGUGAAAGAUGGUUUGCUGGUAAAAGUCCACACACAGCUGGCAGAAAAGUCUACAUCAACAGUCAUCGUUGAUCACGAGGAAACCAGAUAUACAUCAGUUUCAGUCACCACUGAAGUAGACGAUACAGUUCCUCAUGAUACUGUUACACCUGUAAUUGUAAAAACACCCCAAGAAACCUCAUCGGGAGCUCCAUCAGUGAUCGUGGAGAUCAAAACAACACCAAAGAAAGUGGUUACAGCCUCCACUAUGAAGCCUCCAUCAAUCGAUGAAUCAGGAAUAACGGAGAAAGUUUCAGAUGAAGUACCCCAUUCAAAAGUAUCUCAAGAAUCCUCAUCAGACGCACCAUCAGUGACUGCUGAGAUCAAAACCACCCCAGAGAAAGUGGUAGUGGAGUCGACUGUGAAGCCUCCAACAAUCGAUGAAUCAGGAAUAACGGAGAAAGUUGCAUACAAACUAACCCCUUCUCCAGAUUUGGAGAGUUCUGGUGAAGGAAUAUUUACUAUCAGACCCAGGGGCCGUUUUGACCCUGAUGUUUCCACACCAGAGGUGAGCCGCCAUGAGUCUACAGUGACAAGCAGAACUUCAUUGGAUGGGGAGGUACUUCACAGUGCCGUUCCUGUAGCACCCGAUCGAGAGACUGGAAUACCCACAUCUGGAUUAACUGAGGCACACACACGCACAGAAGGUUUCCAGGUGAAAGACCACACAGAGGUGGAAGACAAGUCUGCAGCAACAGUUGCGGACGGUGAUAAGGAAACCUAUACGUUUGAUUCAGUGGAUGAAGGGGACCACACUGUCACUGUUGCCCCUGUAAUUAAAAAAAAGUUACCAGAAUUCACAUCAGAAGCACCACCAGUGAUCACAGAGAUCAAAACCACCCCAGAGAAAGUAGUUACAAAGUCAACAGUAAGGUCUCCUGUAUCCAGUGAAUCGGGAAUAACACCAAAGGUUUCAGUCAAACUAACUCCUUCUCCAGAAUUUGAGAGUUCUGGUGAAGAGCUGAUUACUUCUGGAGACAGAAUGCUUACGACCGGACACACUGGCCGCUUUGAACCUGACGUCUCCACUUUAGAAAUGAGGUCUACACUUUCGCCAGUCUCCAGUAAAGUGUUGGUGGAUACGGAAGGUGUACACAGCACUGUCAUAUUCGCACAUGAGAGAGUGGAGACACACACACUGAGGGACGGUUCGCUGGUGAAGGUCAGCACACAGACGACAAAUCAGCCUGCUUCAACAGUUGUGGUUGGCGAUACGGAAACCAAAUAUACAUCCCAUUCAGCCAGCAGUGAAAUCGAAGAGGGAAUUCCCCAAUAUACUGUUACACCUGCAAUUGCAAAAGUAUCUCAAGAAUCCUCAUCAGACGCACCAUCAGUGACUGCUGAGAUCAAAACCAUUCCAGAGAAAGUGGUUGUAGUGUCAACUGUGAAACCUCCAACAAUUGAUAGAUCAGGAAUAACGGAGAAAGUUGCAGACAAACUAACCCCUUCUCCAGAUUUGGAGAGUUCUGGUGAAGGAAUAUAUACUAUUAAAUACACUGGCCGGUUUGAUCCUGAUGUUUCCUCAAGAGAGGUGAGCAGGCACGAGUCCCCAGUGACCACCAGGGCAUCAUUGGAUGGGGAGAUACUUCAGAGUGUUGUACCAGCAACACCCGAUCAAGAGACUGGAUUACCUGUAUCUGGAUUACCUGAGGCACACACCCAGUCUGCUGCUACAGUCAUGUUUGCUGAUAAAGAAACCAGAUAUACACUUGAUUCAGUGACAAGUAAAAUGGAUGUUGGGGAACGUCCUGUCACUGGUACCUGGGUAAUGAAGGAAAAGUCAGAAGAAUUCACAUUGGAAACACCAUCAGUGACCACUGAGGUCAAAACCAUCCCUGAGAAAGCAGUUACAGCAAGAACAGUGAAAUAUCCAGCAACUGUGGAAUCAGGAAUAACAGAGAGAGUUUCAGACAAACUAACCCCUUCUCUAAAGUUUGAGGGUUCUGGUGAAGAACUGAUUACUUCCAAACAAGUUGUUCAAUUUGGUUCUGAUAUUUCCAUGGGAAUGAGCUCUACAUUUUUACCGGUGACUAGUAAAACGUUAAUGGAUGGGGAAGUUCCUUACAGCACAGUUGCAGUUACAGGUGAGAGCGAGGAGCAUUCUACUGCACCGGGCUGGACAGAGGCAACAACAGAGGGUGUGCCGUUGAUAGUGUACACGCAGGUGACAGAUGAGUCUGCUACUUCAACAGUUGCGGAUGGUGACAAGGUAACCAGAUAUGCAUCAGCUUCAGUAACCAGUGUGGUGGAGGAGAGAGAUCCCCAUGAUACUGUUACACCUGCCAUUGAAAAAAAACAUCUCAACAAUCCUCAUCAAAGGCACCGUCAGACAUCACUGAGAUCAAAACCACCCCAGAGAAAAUGGAUAUGGAGUCAACUGGGAUACCUCCAGUAAUUGAAUCUGGAAUGACAGAGCAAGUUUCAGGCAAACUACCAUCUUUUCCAGAGUUUGAGAGUUCUGGUGAAGGAUUAUUUACCAUCAAACCCACUGGCCAGUUUCAACCUGGUGCAUCCACACUAGAGGUGAGCAG